GUUGCACUUGGACGGUGGGAGAGUUGAUAUAUUGCUGUUACGCUGUAGAUAACUGGGCGAAUUCGUUCCAUAUUGUGGAGUUUUUUACACAGCUGAGGCCUCUAUGAUGGACUCAAGGGAUGGAUUGCAAGGUCCACAUAGAACACUGGAUACAGACAUCGAAUCCUUUUUCAACUCAGCUCCACCUCUGAAAGAUAGUCUCGACAUUGGUAGAAAAUUAAAGGAAUUUAUAGACCGGCACUCUUUUUCAUCAGGAAAUAAAGGACCCAGCAGGAUUGUGUGUGUGUCAUCUGGUGGUACGACUGUCCCUCUAGAGCAGCGGUGUGUAAGGUAUAUUGAUAACUUCAGCUCAGGACAUCGAGGAGCGGCAUCUACUGAGUACUUUGUGAAGGCUGGAUAUGCAGUUGUCUUUCUUCACCGACGUGGAACCUGCCAGCCCUACUGUAGAUCUCUUCCUGAGAAUUCACUCCUCGAAUGUUUUGAACUUACAGAAGAAUCUUCUGUUCAAGUGCGUCAGUCACAUUCUGAGGCAGUGAAGAGAGCAAUCAGACAUCAUCACACUGCAACAGAAAAGGGACUCUUACUGAAACUUCCCUUCACCUCUAUAUUUGAGUAUCUUCAGAUUCUGAGGAUGGUUGCGAUAUCAGUGAAAAAUGUUGGGUCAUACUGUAUGUUUUACCUUGCUGCUGCAGUAUCUGAUUUCUAUGUUCCAUGGGAAAGCAUGGCAGAACACAAAAUUCAAUCAGCAUCUGGUCCUCUAGACAUGCGUCUUGCUCAGGUUCCAAAGAUGCUCUCAGUUCUCAGGAAAGAAUGGGCCCCUAUGGCAUACUGUAUAUCUUUCAAGCUGGAAACAGAUCCAAAGAUCUUAUUGGAGAAGGCAGAUAUGGCCCUAAGGAAAUACAAGAUGCAUGUGGUAAUCGCCAAUGAGCUUUUGACUCGUAAAGAGGAAGUUGUAGUUGUCACAAGCAAUGAAAGGAUUACUGUUCAUAGAGAUAGUAACGAGGCUGAUGCUGAUGUAGAAAGUCCAUUAAUCAAACUUCUUGUAGAAAAGCAUUCGGCAUACAUCAAGGAAACAGGAACUUCAAAUUAAACAGCAUAGUUAUGGUACUAAAGAAGUUUUAGGGUCUGUUUUAUUACAUCUUGGAGUAAUAUGGCGGGUCAUCGUCAUCAUCAUCUCUGAUUUGGCUUUCCUUCUAGUCUGAAGUUAAAAGAAAUGAAAGAAAUAAAGGGAGAAAUGAAAGGAACAAAAGUUGUAUAAAGAUAUCAAGAUUCAGUAGGAACACAAUCGUUUUUCAAUCAAUAGAUGGUGAACAGUGCAUGGAGCAACAAUUUUUCUCCAUUAUUGGAGUUAUUUCUUACACACAA